AAGGCUUGCGUCGCCCUCGACAGUCGAGCUCCGCUGGCCGCCGCAGCCGCUCGCUCUCUUUCUUUUUCUCUUUCUACAUCUACUUCUCCCCGUUUCACCGUCUCUGCUCCGUCUCUGCUCCGUCUCUGCUCCGUCUCUGCUCCGUCUGCGCGCGUGUGCCAUUGCGCUGCGGAAUGGGACAAGUGCCAUGACGCAGGGACUGAAAGAAAAUUGGUAACGCAAGGUACGAGCGGUGAUGUGAGCCUCCGCGCGCGACAGGAGACUGGAUCCGACCCCCCGCGGUCCUGCGUGUAUACCUAUAACACGGCAGAGGAGCUGAGAAGAGAAGCAAAGCAGAGGAGCGAACCUACAGCCGCCGCCACGACUGCGACCGAGGCAGAGGCGGAAGCCAGUAGUAGUGGUGGUAGUAGUAGUGGUAGUACUCGAGGCGAGACCGAAGCGACCAAGCCGAGCCAUCGCAAGAAAAAAAUGAGACAGAGGCUGAGGCCGCGACGCUCGCGGAUGGAGCGUCUGCCGCUGCACAUAGGCCUGUUCUUGGUCUACGUGCUCUUCCAGCUGGUGACCUCGUCGUUCUCGAGCUCGUCGACGGCGCCGCCGGCGGGCUCGACCGCAGCCGCAGCAGCGUCGGCCGCGAGCAAAGCCGCUGCCGAGUUGUCCACGACUCCAGCUGGUAUCGUGCAUUCGUCGACCAGAGCCAGCCAAGAGGGACAAAAGGAGCAGCUUCCCGGCGAAACCGCCACGACUUUCGGGCCCAAGGAGAAGGGCAAGGAGGAGCCUAAGGAAGACACCUCUACCAAGGAGGGACUCGAGAUACUCAGCAGCACGGUGACUCCGGACAUGCAAUCGACGACGCCGUUCAUAGACACCCACCCCACGUGGCGACCGCGUCGAGAGAACUGUUCGCCACCGGCGAUAGAGCAAUUUCCCAGACCUCUGAUGGGACCUUACGCUCGUAAACACGGCGGUCUCGUAAUCCACGUGCUCGUGGCCAUCUACACGUUCCUCGGCUUGGCCAUCGUCUGCGACGAUUAUUUCGUCGCCAGCCUCGACAGAAUCUGCGAGGAGCUCAAACUGUCUCCCGACGUAGCCGGUGCCACGUUCAUGGCAGCCGGCUCUUCCGCUCCAGAGUUGGCGACCGUGGUGAUAGGUGUAUUCUUCGCCAAAGACGACAUUGGCGUGAGCGGCGUGAUAGGCAGCGCCGUUUUCAACAUAAUGUUCGUGAUAUCUGUAUGUGGCCUCUGCUCCAGUACGGUCUCCAAGUUGAACUGGUGGCCUCUUUGCCGCGACUGCUUUUUUUACUUCAUCUCCAUCCUCGUGAUGCUCGGCACCAUAGCCAACGAAUCCAUCUCCUGGGGCGAGGCGCUCUUCAUGCUGAUCAUGUACGGAGUCUACUGCGUCGCCCUGGCGUUCAACUCCACGCUCGAGCGCUGGGCCAAGUCCUAUAACAUUCCUUGGCUGCCUAAGGACGAGGAACAGCCUGCCGAGCAAAGCGCUCUCGUGACCUACAAGAGCUUGCAGGAGGAACGCCAAGGCUACACCGACCCCAACACGACUGCUGUGGAUCAACCCAAGACUAACGAAGGUUACUCAACGGGCGACGCCGGUUACAAUCAGUGGCAGGAUAGCAACGCACCGGCAGUGAACCAAUGGGAUCCCAAUGACGCGUGGAGUUCCGGAGGACAAGCCGAUCAGUGGAAUCCCAACGACGCGUGGAGCUCAGACCACCACCAGCAGCAGUAUCCAUCUCAGCAGCAGAUGCAGUCGCCGCCUCAGCAGCAGCAACAAGAGCAACAGCAGCAGCAGCCGGCUAAGCCUCCUGUACCCAAGCAGCCCCAGUACUACAAGGCAAAGGAGCCCGAUCCAAAUGAGGUAUCGCCGCUCGUCAAACCGACCGACGGUGGAACCUGGGGCUUGUUUACUUGGGGUCUGGUCUACCCCAUCCACUACAUGGGACGACUGACGAUGCCCGACUGCAGACAAGAAAAGUACAGGAACUGGUAUCCCUUCACCUUCUGCAUCUCCAUGAUCUGGAUCAGCUUUUACAGCUACAUCAUGGUCUGGAUGAUCACUAUCAUAGGUAGCACACUUGGAAUUCCCGAUACCGUGAUGGGCCUGACGUUCGUCGCCGCCGGCGUAAGUGUACCUGACGCGCUGUCCUCGUUGGCUGUGAUCAAAGAGGGUCUGGGCGACAUGGCUGUGAGUAACGCAGUCGGCAGCAACGUCUUCGACAUUCUGGUCUGCCUUGGGCUUCCCUGGUUCAUCCAAACCGCCAUGAUACAACCUGGCUCUCACGUCAAUGUCACCAGCAGAGGUCUGACAUACUCCACGCUUUCGCUCUUGUCAACGGUGGUGUUCUUGGUCGUGGCGACGCACUUCAACGGCUGGAAACUUGACCGACGAUACGGUGUGGUGUUGAUGAUUUGGUACCUGAUCUUCAUAGUCUUGGCCUCGCUUUACGAGCUCAACGUUUUCGGCCAGAUGAAUCCGCCGUCCUGCUUCAGCGUGUACUAAAUCGGACGAAGAAGAAGAAAAGCUUCCUGUACGCAACUGAUUUAAGACGCAGCUACACUUGGGAAAUGACGGGCAAACGAGUUGACGAAUCUCUCGAAUCUUCACCUGGCGGAACAAAAAUGAGCAUAGUUUAGAGGGAAUCGAUCGAAGAGAAAUGUUGGAUAUGAUACACUUCAAAGUUUUAGACUUACUGAAUUUACUGCAGAGAUGAGAACAAAUAUCAUGUUGAAAGACUUAAAUCUUAUAUCCGGGUACUGGUUAGCCGAAAGAAUCAUUUUUAGAGAAUCAAAAUGAAAAUAGUAAUUUAACUAUGGCUGGGACCACAGCGCGGUUGAACGAGAAAAAGAAAGAGUACAGUGCGAAAGUGUUGAGGCGGGUACAAGAGGUUAUAACCGCACGAGUGAACGCGAAGUAAAGGAAAGGCGAGAAAAAAUCACUCGACGGACAAUAUAAUCAUCAGUAUUAUCGUGUACUUUAAUUUGCCGUGCAUCUCUUUGGCGAAAGUGAAAAGGGGGACAAGGCUAAGCCUCGAUCGGUAAAAUGCAAUAGAUGAGUGGAGAAAAAAGGAUUUCGUCUAUUUUAAACACCUUGGUUCUUUCGGUUUCUGAUCUUAUAUAGUUUUAGCAGCGCAACCUAAUCGCGAAAAAUGAUACUUUGAGAAGUAUAACAUUUUCUUCCAAGUUGACACGAGAGAAUCGCAUAAUCAUUCACACAAUAUCAUUUUUAUGAGAAAAUAUAAAAUGCUUAAGCUGUUUAGAUGAAUAAUUUUAUCGCGUGUAAUUGUUUUCUUAUAUUGUUACAUAGAAAUAAUAGAGUAAAUUAAUCUUACAAGGGAAAGAAUAGAACAAUUUAGAAGAAAAUAUUAAACUUUUUAAAUGUAGUUUAAGUACUACUUAAUCGAAACUUAUUGAUGAAAUUUAGGAUAUUUUAAUCGUUGUUGACACAUUUUUAUCAGUCUUUUACCGUAAUUUAAAAUGAAUCAGAAAUUGCUUAAUCGUCAAAAGUUCAAGUUGAAAAAUCUCAUGAUAUUUAGCGUCUGUUUAGCCGAAAGCACUGUCGGUUUCCGCAGCGCUAAAAAAAAUCACGGUCCAUUAUUCAAGAUCUACGAGUCAAUAACUCCAAAGCAUAACCAGUUUCCAAAUCGAAAUGCGAAAAUUCCAAUUUUGUAAAGUGAUUCUUUUUAGCGCUGCCACGCGUUGCUUUUGCUCUUUGAUGAGAAAAGCGCUGCGAUUAUCUUCAAAACUGAUCUUCCACGCCGAAUGUUAACAAGCGGCAGUGUAGCUUUAAACGAACGAAUAUCCCCGCGCGAAGUGAAGCAGCUUGGGACGCCAUUUAUAUAUUUAUAACAAUCGUUAAUCGUUUUACAAUGAAAAGGAUAAUACGAGGCUAUGGGAAUGCGCCACAUUACGUGCUUCGUUUAUCACACGUUCGAUAAUUAUUUUCUGGUUCAUUCUGGCAUUAUUUUUGUUGAAAAUGUUGCAUGUUUUUUCCAAAACUUUUUUAGCGAUAUCGAACAGUGAAUAAUAUAAUAUAAUGAUAAAACAGUCAUUAUAAACGUGACUUAUACAAUAUACAAAAUAUUAUUAUCCAGCAGUUGAAACAUUAUGAAUUAUGUGUCGCAAUUUAUAUAUCAAACGAUUCUAAGAGUUAUUGCAUUUUACAUAUAAACUUUAUCCUCAAUCUCUAAACGAAUAUACAACAUGUUUUAAAUUACAAGUUGUUGAUGAGCAUCUAAAAAAUUGCGUUUAAAGUAGAAAAGAGUUAGCAACAUUUGUGAAUGUACAACUUGCUAAAGAAACAACUGCUUCAUUAUUUGAACUGCGAACACGUGUUAUGAGAUGUAUAUUGGUCUAUGAUGCACGAAUGUCGCUUCCACUUAGCAAUCGUUGAUUAGCUAAGUAUAGUUAUAUUAAAAAAAAAUAACAAUUAAAUUUUAAAUUGUAAAUGUUAUAUACACGUAAAUGUGCAUUGUAUACGCGUAUACUUUCGACUUAAUACUCGCGACUUCGUCCCUGAAUGCUUUUAAAAAUAGCGCUUUUACGCUCUUUGCGAGGUAAAUAAUACAAGACAUUAGAGGUGCUGUACACGUAAAGCAAAAUAGAAAAUGAUGGAAACCCAUAUUGAGAGGAUAUAUACCUGCAAAAAUAGCGCGAGCUUUACAUAUAAAGUUAUUAAGUAGGGAUUAAAAGGAGUUUUUAACAAGAUAAAUUUAAUAUGUAUGCACGAUUAAAAAACGAUUUUGUCAUAGAAACAAAAAUACAUUUGAAUGAAUAGUUUCGCGAGACGCGUUUUUUACACGAAAAGGUUGCAAGAAGAUCGAUUUUUACUGCAAUUCGACCAUCACUUACACCUAUAAUAAAAUCGAUUUUUCGUGUAUGAGUUAUGUCACACAAAAUUAAUUUCUAUCAUUAUAAAUGUAGCAGUAAACUUUGAGUUAUAGAUGCAAGCAGUAUUGCAUUAGAUAUAAUUCGACACCAUUUUUAUUUCUAGCUCAGCGUACUUUCGAUAAAAGAUGCACUUAUUCGUCAUUAAUUGAAUAACGAUUGCAUAUCCAAAGAUCAACAUCCCUUACGGAAAAAGUCUGCAGCGAACUCUGCAAGGGUCUUUGAAGAUUUGCUGGAUUCUCUGUACUGUUCUUGACUUUUUUUAUAAGGGACAAGGAAAUUAAUUCCUUAUCAAAAAAAUGCUUAUAAUUGAUGAUAGGAUUGUAACAGAGAAAAAUCGUUUUAUUAUGAACCUACGCAUAAUAAGGUACUUUUAAAUGAAAAAGCAAAUAACGAACAGCAGUGUGGCGAAAUUUCGAAAGGCAAUUGAGAAAGCAAAUUCUCAGUGAGAAGUUGAUAAAAAUACUGAACGGAAAAACAGACGAAAUCCCGAGGCUUAUAUCAGUCUGCAUGAAAAUUGCGAGCGCGAGUUUUAAGGGUAUACGAGAGGAAAGACAAUAAUUGACGCAGCCUUAUCCGAUGAAAGUAUCUACAACAUUUCUGCGCGUUCCUUGAGAUCUUACUGACAUGCAAACACUUAUAAUACAUGCGAAAUAAAAGUAACCAUAUCCGUUUCUCGUUUCCCGAUGCAACACACGAUAAAAUAGACGCACUAUGAACUGCAAAACAUACAAAAACGAAAAUAACAAACGGAGUAAUUAAUUUUUUUAUAUGAAGCUCUUCGCGAGGGUACAUAUUUAAAUGCAAUAUAAGCGGCGAGCGACUUUGAAUGACAAAAUCAGUUCUUCGCGCAGAUUUAUGUUAUAGUACACUUACAUUUGUCUACAGAUAGUGUCGUAUGAGUAUGACAGAUAUCAAUUAUACUAUAUCUCUCA